AAGUAAAAACUGUUAUUUAUUUCAGUGCCAGAAUUUAGGAAAGCUGACGACUGUUCAGAUUGGUCAUGACAACUCAGGGCUGCUGGCCAAGUGGCUGGUUGAUUGUGUCAUGGUCAGAAAUGAAAUAACAGGACACACAUACAAGUUUCCCUGCGGGCGAUGGUUGGGAAAGGGCGUUGACGACGGCAGCUUGGAGCGAAUCCUUAUUGGAGAGCUGGUGUCCUCCACAUCUGAUGAAGAGCUGGGAAAGCAGUGCCGUACUCCACCCCAGCAGAAGUCUCCUACCACAGCUCGGCGGCUGAGCAUCACUUCUCUCACAGGAAGGAACACCAAGCCAAACGCGGGACAGAUCCAAGAGGGAAUUGGAGAAGCUGUGAACAAUAUUGUGAAACAUUUUCAUAAGCCAGAGAAAGAGAGAGGGAGCCUUACCAUUCUGUUGUGUGGGGAGAAUGGCUUGGUUGCAGCACUGGAGCAGGUCUUCCACCACGGAUUCAAAUCAGCUCGCAUUUUUCAUAAGAAUGUCUUCAUCUGGGAUUUCAUAGAGAAAGCCGUUGCCUAUUUUGAAACCAGUGACCAGAUUGGUGACAACGAGGAGGCCCUUUUGCUUCAGAGAUCAUCAUGCAAAACCUUCUGCCAUUAUGUGAAUGCCAUCAAUACAGCUCCAAGGAACAUUGGAAAGGAUGGCAAAUUCCAAAUUCUGGUUUGCCUGGGGACAAGGGACCACUUGCUGCCCCAGUGGAUCCCCUUACUGGCAGAAUGCCCACUCAUUACAAGGAUGUACGAGGAGAACGCCCUGCUACGGGACCGCAUGACUGUCAACUCCCUUAUCCGAGUCCUACAGACAUUGCAAGACUUCAACAUCGUCCUAGAAGGAUCGCUCAUUAAAGGAGUGGAUGUUUAGCAUGGCUUUGCUGAGAACUUCAUUAUUCCUUUCCCAAGCAAGCAAACCACAACUGGGAGACCUGUCGGGACUUGAACGCGACGGCAGCGCAUCGCUGCAAGGCACCGCUGCUGGCUCGCAUGGGAGCAGGAAGCCCAGUUUGUGCUCCGUCGGGACUGUCCUCUAAGGCUGCAGAAAGCUAAGAUGCAGUAUUGUAGUUUAUUUGAAACAGAAAUUUAGUAUAAAAUAGAGUAUUUUCAUGUGUUUAGAUGUGUGUAAAUACGCUAUCUUCUUUAAGAAAUUAUAUUACUCUAAGAAAGUUUUCUUAGACUGAAUGUUCUUGUUCUGACUGUGAGUAGCUUAAACCCAGGGGAGGGGUUGGGGAGGGAAGGACUGCGGUGGGAAGGGAUGCUGCUACUUGCUUGCAAGGAAGAAGCCAAUCAACAUGUAAAUACGGCGCAAACUCAGCAGGGCUUUUUUCAGGUAUUGCAAAUGAAUACAGCAAAUAUCCUUAUGUAGCCAUUGUGAUUGUCUCACUCUUGGAAUUGUUAGUGUAUGUUGUUUAUCCUGCUGUACAUGGUCUCCCUUUAUUUUUUGUUUGUUCAGAGACCCAGCACAGAAGUUGUGAAUUGU